AUGAGCAAAGCCGAUUCUUGGCGCUAUGACAAAGGCAACAACACUUACGAGAGCUGUAAGGGCCUUAACUUAGGUAGUGGGAUUCUAUUGCGGUCCCACAAAGAUACCCCUAUGGCUUUUUACAACGGCAUCCAUUUUACCAGCUAUUGCGAUAAUGGAAUGCCGGUGUAUUCCGCUCUUUUAAAGACGGCAGAUUCGUUCCCAUAUUUAGACGCUAUCCAGCAGGACUGGAAUCAGUUUAUUUCGGUGGACGACAGCGACCGUGGUCCUUUCAAAUAUAGCAUUUAUGCGAUCUUGUUGUCGUUUACGGCAAAUUUCGUGAUCGUACUCUCUUUGACCAUCAUUGUGUUUAUCACAGUACGACAAAAGCCAUAUCGCGGGGCUUCCAACCUAUUGAAGCUCGGGAGUUCUCUGGCGUCCAUCAAUCUCACAAUAUUCGUGGCAAAGGCUUUAAACCUGCUAAAAAGCGAACAUGUCAACAAAGCCAUUGUUUCCACGGAUGAGGUGCUGGACCUGCUUGGGAGUGAUAUGGCGUUCACUUGUCUGGACUUUUUCGUCGUACUCAUUUGCCAGCUUUGUCAGGUUCAAAUUGUCAUGAGACUUUUCUCUCGCGUUCGAGAAAAAAGACUUGUUUUCCUCACAGGCUUCAUAUUAUCCAUCAUUUCACAGGUUUUGUGGGCUAUUCCUUCCUUUACAAAACUUGCCAGGAAUCACUUUACGGGAGGGUCCUACGAUGACGACGGUCUCAUCCUGCUAUCGCCUUUCGUGUACCUCUUGCGGAUAACAUUCUCUGCAUUUUACGCCAGCAUAAUCAUUUUCAAUGUGUUCAUCAAGCGGCAACUCUGUUUCCACAAUCAGCGAAUGACACUUCUCACUGUCAUCACAAUACUGAUUAUAUUUUUACAGCCAGCAUUUUUCGUUGCGGAUGUUACAAACAUCUGGGUCGAUGACUUGAGUGAAAUAUUCAACACUACAUGUUACGUUGGGUCGGCUGUGAUAGUUUGGCAAUGGGUCGAUCAUCUGCUGAUUUUAGAAAGAAAAGUGCAGGCACAGAGCGUGCUUGGUCGUCCAGUCUACGUGGACGAUCAAGAGGACAAUUAUUUUGCAAGGUAUGCCUUGAAAACUCAGGAACCGACUACUGUAAAUGAUGUCACCUCCAGUAGCAAUAGCAGUGGACCGUACGGAAACAUACCGUCCCAGAUCCCUGCUGCCCCCGAUGCUAACAAAGUAGAGUUUAGUGAGCGGCCACCAGUCAAGGAGAGAGUUUGGCAAGGUUGCACGAGAAUUGUAGACGGAAUGCUGUACUACACCGAUCAUUUCAUCAUUAAGGGUCUAGCAAUCAAAACUCUGAGUUUACACUCGAAAAAUAGCAGCGACGAUUACAGCAAGCGUAAAGCUAAGGUAAGGAGAAGGAUAGGUUUGGACAGACCAAAUGAAAUUUACGUUUACGCCACGAGGGAUGUCGUGUUUGAUUCAGAUGAAGCGGAAGAUGUUGGUGCGGUGCAAGAAUCAGGAGAAGAUGUAUUUCAUCAUGAGGAGGCAAGAACGUUUGCUUGA